CACAGCAGCAGCACGGCUCAGAUGCGACUUGCCAGGUGCCACCCUCCUCCAGCAAGUUAAAGCCCGCCCUGAGCUCAUCGCUGCGCCGUUUGACUGUGACUGAAACCCGCCUGGUAACAUAGAGAGGGAGGAGGAGUGAGUGAGUGAGUGAGUAAGGGAGGGAGGGAGAGCCGUGUUUCCCCCCCUCGCCACAGUGAUCAGAACAGUGGGGAAGCUCAGACUCGGGAUCCGCUACGUCAAACAGAUUAGUGAAAUAACCUCUCGGGGGGGGUAGGACAGAGAUACACCUCCCCUCCUGGCUGCAUACAUGGGGCCGAGGACGCAAGAUAGUGUGCGCUGACAAAGAGCCAGGAAGCCCUUGACGAAAUAGAGAAGUGCACCAGGCUACUUUUUUCUUUUCUUUAUUUUGUUUUUUGUUUUUUUUUUUGUCUUGGGGAAGAUCCUCUGGUAGCCUCCUCUUCUUUUCCUCCUCUCUCUCUCCCCCCCCUCCUCCUCCUCCCCUCACCUCCUGGUGCGAAAUGGCGAAAGAAAACGGCGAUGGAUCUUGGAAAAAGCAUGUCGAUGACAUCAAGAUAAUAUUUGACUUCAAGGAAGUCCUUGGGACCGGUGCAUUUUCUGAGGUGGUGAUGGCUCGGGAGAAGACCACAGGAAAGAUGGUCGCAAUCAAGUGCAUCCCGAAGAAAGCGCUGAAGGGGAAGGAGACGAGCAUCGAGAAUGAAAUCGCUGUGCUUCGGAAGAUAAAACACGAGAAUAUUGUGGCUCUGGAGGACAUCUACGAGAGCUCAAAUCACCUGUACCUCAUAAUGCAACUGGUGUCUGGAGGUGAGCUGUUUGACCGUAUCGUAGAGAAAGGUUUCUACACAGAGAUGGAUGCCAGUCGGCUCAUCAGACAGGUCCUGGAUGCAGUCAACUAUCUGCACUCUAUGGGCAUAGUGCACAGAGACCUAAAGCCUGAGAACCUGCUAUACUUCAGUCCACAUGAUGAAUCGAAGAUAAUGAUCAGCGACUUCGGCUUGUCAAAGAUGGAGGGCACAGGUGACGUGAUGGCCACCGCCUGUGGGACUCCAGGAUAUGUGGCUCCUGAGGUUUUAGCUCAGAAGCCCUACAGUAAGGCUGUGGACUGCUGGUCUAUUGGGGUCAUCGCUUAUAUACUGCUGUGCGGUUAUCCUCCUUUCUACGACGAGAAUGACUCCAAGCUCUUUGAACAAAUUCUCAAGGCAGACUACGAGUUUGAUGCACCGUACUGGGACGACAUAUCAGAAUCUGCCAAAGACUUCAUCAGCUGCCUCAUGGAGAAGGACCCUGAGAAGAGAUUCACAUGUGACCAGGCUCUCGAGCAUCCUUGGAUUGCUGGAGACACUGCUCUCUGCAAGAACAUACACGAGUCAGUCAGUCGACAGAUGCGGAAAAACUUUGCCAAAAGCAAAUGGAGGCAAGCGUUUAAUGCUACAGCUGUGAUUCGCCACAUGAGGCGCCUGAAGCUUGGCACCAGCUUUGGCAGCAGCAUUCAAAGCAACAGCACUGUGUCCAACCCUCAGAGCCACGCUCCAGCCAAGAGCCAGUCUGUGGACUGUGCCCCGCUCUCUCUGAACGAUUGUUCUUCGAUAGCUCCUCUGCCGUCUGCUGUUAAAGUUUACAAUCAGGACUCUGACGCCACCUCUCCUAUACAAGAGGAGCCAUCAGCGGUGGCCGAGGCAUCGAGACCACGACCCUCCACGGUCACUGUCAUCCACACGGGGACUAAAUGACGCCAGGUUCCGCGGGAGGUGAGCUGGGAGACCACGGAGCUUUGAAUUAAACCAUGCCAGGUCUUGUGAUUCAAAGCCGUCGCCCAGUUUGCUCAUCCCGCAACCUCCCACCUGUUUCUGCCAACCAACGGGAGGAAUUUGAGGAGCGUUGGUUCAGCUCCAUUUAUGUUGGCUCAGCACAGCAGCCCCCUGCUGCCUUUCUUUGUCACAGAGGCGUGGAGGUGCAGAGGGGAGGAUGCUAACCAGGAGAUGUUGUUGUGGAAGCCAUGUUCAGUCUGGAUCCUGCUUGUCUUGGAAGAUAAACCUGCAGCUGGUCUCAGAAGUACCACACUUAAAGGAACUCAUAAUUGAAGCUGCUAUCAUUUUUGACUGUGAGCGUCUUAAGACAUGACGCUCCACUGUUUGCCUUGUGUAAAUAUCCUGCUUGGAACUGUUGAGUGGAGUCAUGUUAUGCGAGUGAAAUAUACAGUGAGCUUCAAGCUGUGGUGAAUAAUUGUGAUAUCAUCUGCACUCGUUUUGACAGCUCUUGUUAAUUUGCGGUCGUGUUUGCUCCAAUGGUUCCACAGGGUCUUAACUCCCAGCAGUGACAGUGUGCGUUAUCUCUUUGCUUUAAAGUGUGCGGACGUGGAACACGAGCGGGACAAUGUGUUUUAAUCACAGCUGUGAAGGCUGAGAGGGCUUGGCACUCAUUGGAUUAUUUAUUUUCUUACAAUAUAUUACCACUUUUGUAAGAAUACCACUUGCAAAAACAUGUACAUGUACAUGUGUUAUUAGACUGGACUGAAGUUAUUGCAUUGAUAAAGAUAUGAUAAUCUACUAAUUUUUACAUUAUAAUCGCUGUUCAGUUUCACUCAUUAGUUUUGACUUUACUCUGAAGUCCUCCUUGACCACAGGAGGGCAACCACGUGUUGUUGUUAUGUGACCAGUUCUCAGGGAUGUGCUUGAACAUGAAGCUUACCAAACCUCUUCUCAGAGUGAUCAGUCAUUGCUGAUGGAUGGAAAAAGAAAAAAAAACUCAUAAAAAAAAACAAAAAAAAACUGCAAAUUGCUCUAAUGUGCCAUGUGAGGAGUUUGACAGAUGCUUUCUUUCUUUAAAAUCAUCAUUGUGGACAGUGUGAAUGUAAUUUAACUCACACUAAAUGGAUUGAAUUAUGUUGUGGAUUUAAAGGAAGUGUUUAUCAGUGAAGUGUGCAUUCAAGUCCUUAAGAAAUAAAAAGUAUAAAAAUGACAUGAAUGCGUAUCUCAGAAAACUCCCGUUGCAGCGUUGUCAAAUCAGUAGUGUGUAGUUCAUUGGUUGUGAUUUCAUGCUCUGCUUCUGCUCCUGAAGUGGCUGGUCUGAGAACAGCUCUCUCUCUCUCUCUCUGUGUUUAAACACUGUGCUUUCAUACCAGCCUGUUGAAUUUAGCAGGAUGACUCUUUCUCCUUCUCUCACUCGAGACUCACGCAGCAGAGAGAAGGUAUCUGUCUUUGUAUUUGAUUCUGUGGUUCCUCUCUUUGAAUUUAAAUCGCUUAACAUGAACAGGGGGGAAAUACUGCACCAUAACUUGAAUAAGAUUAUAUACAAACAUUGUGGUUAAUACUGAAUUUAAGCCUUUGCUUUCGGUGUAAAUACGAAUCUCAACAACACAGCUUAGCUUGGGUCUUAAGUGUUUAUUUUUGUCUUCCCUGUUUUUCCCCGCAAAAAAUAACAGAACGCAAAAUAUGAAGCUUUGAAGGCCCCUCAGUAUGCAUGUAUUACAUAUUGUUGAAGAAAUGUGCUUUGGAUUUGUAGAGAUUUAUGUAUUAAAAAAAAGAGGCUUGUUUGCA